AUGCCAUGCUGGUAUUAUGAAAAGAAGAAUUUAAAAAAUACACCUUCGGUUCAAGAUGGCAUUGAUUAUGAGACAGAAUCACGAUAUCGAAAAGAAGGUGCCCGAUUUAUUAUUGAUACUGGCACAAAAAUGGAUUUGGGUUAUAAUACAAUGGCUACGGGAGUUGUUUAUUUUCAUCGUUUCUACAUGUUUCAUUCAUUUAAAACUUUUCCACGUUUCGUCACAGCGUGCAGUUGUUUGUUCCUAGCUGGAAAAGUCGAGGAGACGCCGAAAAAAUGUAAAGACAUUAUCAAAACUGCAAAAGGCAUUUUGUCUGAUCAAAAAUUCGUAACGUUUGGAGAAGAUCCAAAGGAAGAAGUAAUGACACUGGAAAGAAUUCUUUUGCAAACAAUUAAAUUUGAUCUCCAAGUGGAACAUCCUUAUAGCUACCUUUUAAAAUACGCGAAAUCUUUAAAAGGUGACAAGAAUAAAUUACAAAAAAUGGUACAAAUGGCGUGGACUUUUGUUAAUGAUAGUCUGUGCACGACACUGUGUCUUCAGUGGGAACCAGAAAUUAUAGCAGUCGCUCUAAUGUAUUUAGCGGGAAAAUUGAGUAAAUUUGAAGUCGUCGAUUGGAAUGGCAGACAACCAAAACACUUAAGAUGGUGGGACAUGUUCGUCGAGGAUGUCACAAUGGAUCUUUUGGAAGAUAUUUGUCAUCAAGUCCUCGAUUUGUAUUCUCAUGCAAAUAAUGCAAAACCUCCGGAUUCACCUCCAUUGAUUGCUUCAACUGAAACUGUUCGCGAAAGACUAAUUGCCCCACCCUCGAUAGAAUCAGCAUCGAGCACGCCAAAUGCUGGUAUUACAGUGAAACCAUCGAAAACGGAAACAAAUUCAGUGCCAACAAAUGGCUGCAAUACAACGGAAGUAAUUGAGAAUUCAAAACCAAUUGAAGUUGCCGUACAUUUUCCAUCGUACCCAACGAAUUUUGCAAGCACGACGAAUUAUCCACCUGUUUAUCCACCGACAAAUAUAUCGGUACCACCGCCGAAUGUCAAUACAUUAAAUCACAUUGUACCUACGACGCAUAAUUUAGGUACACCAAGUUCAGUUAGACAAAUACCAACUGUCUCGACGCCCACACAACAACCAUUUCCGCCUUAUGGUUAUCCAUCGAAUUCAUCAUUCUUCUCGGGUGGCACGCCAACUGGUCCAUCGAGUAAUCAACGUUCAUAUUAUCCUUCACAAUCGUAGUAGGAUAAAAUAUUUUUUCAAAUUAUUUUUACUACUUUUGUCCCCCCACACACAAAACAAAAAAAAAAGAAAGAAAACAAAAAAUAUACGUUGAGAUUCAUGAGUUGUCAUGUAAGUGCUUUUUUUAAUAAAAAAUAGAAGAAAAAGGA